GAUCUUUUUCUUGAGUAGUGGAAGAGGGUUUUUCUCACUUAUAACUCUAAAUCUUGAAGCAAUUCCUAUACUUUUCUUUGCCCCCAAAAUUUAUAACAAAUCCUCCAUAAUUACUCCAUACCUCUUCUCUUUUUCUUGUCCACACUAGAGACUAUUUCUGCUCCACGUACUGUCACUGAAAACAUCUUCUCCAAAACACUCGGACUUCAUAACCCUCCAUUUUAAGUUUUUAACUCCCCCAUAAACCAAAAUCCAAAACCCUUCAAAACACCAUAAUGAGGCCCAAAACCACACACACCCUUUUAACCCCACGUCUCAGACUUGUCAUGCUUCUCAUCCUACAAACAUUUCUUGCCACAAGUGAGGCCAAGACUCUAGCUUUGCCACUAAAGUCACAAGUGAUCCCAUCUGGGUAUCUCCCAAGGCCACCCAACAAGCUUCGUUUCCACCACAACGUGAGCCUCACCGUGUCCAUAACAGUUGGAACACCCCCACAGAACGUGUCCAUGGUCAUUGACACAGGAAGCGAACUCUCGUGGCUCCACUGCAACAACACAACCACCACGCGGGUCAUACCCGACCCGCUUUUCAACCCGAAUCACUCUUCCUCCUACUCCCCCAUCUCGUGCUCUUCGUCGACAUGCACCACCCGAACCCGAGACUUUCCGAUACCCGCUUCGUGCGACUCCAACAACCUCUGCCAUGCAACACUCUCCUACGCCGACGCUUCUUCCUCAGAAGGGAACCUCGCUUCGGACACGUUCGGGUUCGGGUCAUUCGUUAACCCGGGAAUCGUGUUCGGGUGCAUGAACUCUUCCUUCAGCACUAACUCGGACUCGGACUCCAACACAACCGGGUUAAUGGGUAUGAAUCUCGGGUCACUCUCGUUGGUUUCUCAGUUAAAAAUACCCAAAUUCUCGUACUGCAUAUCGGGUUCUGAUUUCUCGGGCAUUUUACUUCUCGGGGAAUCCAAUUUCUCGUGGGUCGGGCCGUUAAACUACACUCCCUUGGUUCAAAUAUCCACUCCUUUACCCUACUUCGACCGGUCCGCGUACACGGUUCGGUUCAAAGGAAUUAAGGUUUCGGGUCAAUUACUAAAUAUCUCGGGCAAUGAUUUGAUACCGGAUCAUACCGGGGCGGGUCAAACCAUGUUUGAUUUGGGUACCCAAUUUACUUUUUUACUUGGCCCGGUUUAUAAUGUACUGAGAGAUGAGUUUUUGAAGCAAACAAAUGGUACUUUGCGGGUAUUGGAUGAUCCGAAUUUUGUUUUUCAAAUAGCGAUGGAUCUUUGUUACCGGGUGCCCAUGAACCGAUCCGAAUUACCGGUGUUACCGAGUGUGAGUUUGGUAUUUGACGGGGCGGAGAUGCGGGUUUCGGGUGAGCAGCUUUUGUAUCGGGUGCCGGGUUUGGUUCGGGGCAAUGAUUGGGUUUAUUGCUUCACAUUUGGGAACUCGGAUCUUCUUGGUGUGGAGGCAUUUAUCAUUGGUCAUCACCAACAAGAGAACAUGUGGAUGGAGUUUGAUCUUGUGGAACAUAGGAUUGGGCUGGCUCAUGCACGCUGUGAUUUGGUUGGUCAAAAGCUACUUGGGUUGGGCUGAGUGGGCCCACUUGCUUCAUUGGGGGGUGUGGUCCUUAGUGAAGAGAUCUUUGAAGGAGAGAGUGAGGGGUUAGUGUAUAUGUUUAAAGAACUUGGUGAUGUUUAAAGUUGUGGGUCCAAUUCAUUUAGAUGGCAGUGAGCUUAGAGGUAUAGGUAAGAUUAAAUGCUUACUUUGUACAUUUCAUUGUUUUAUUGUUUUUAGUAACCAAAUAAAUUUGAAAUUAAUGUUGCUUCUUUA